GAAAGGGCUGAAAGAGGUUAAUCACUUAUCCACAUUAAAGAAAAACAUAGUCAAGCACAUAUAUAAAGAUAAUAUGCUUGAUAAGCUUCUUGGACGGAUCGCUGAGUUCGGGCUGCAGGGAUACGGCCACAAGGGUUACGGGAGCGGCCGUGGCUACGGGUUCGAGGAGCGCACGGAGUUUGUGGCUCAUGUGGAGUCAGAAGGAGGUUACUUUGACCGUCAAGCUCGCUACGACCAACGCAUAAGGCUUCCGGCCAACCAUGGCCGUCCACCCAUGUCUCACAUGCCUGUCUGCGAUGAAGAAGACUCAGACGUGGAGGACUUCUUUGAGAGCAAUCAGAGCCACUACACUAGCAACAACCACCAGUACAACCAACAGCCACCUCAUCGCAACUUGAUCAUGCCCCCAUCUCCUUACAACGGAAAUAUAGCAAAGAUGGGAAAGAUGGGUAACGGAUUGCAGGGGCAGCAUGAAGAAACACACCAGAGCGGGUACGGGAAGCACCAUGGUGGGCACGAGGUUCAAUACCAUGGUGAGCACGGAAUGCAGUACCACGAGAUGCAGGGGAUGAAGCACCAAAGCGGGCACGAAGUUCAACACCAUAGCAAGCACGAGAUGCAACACAACAAGAUGCAAGGAAUGAAGCACCAAAGUGGGCAAGAGGUUCAGAACCAUAGCGAGCACGAGAUGCAACACCACAAGAUGCAGGGGAUGAAGCACCAAAGCGGACACGGGGUUCAACACCAUAGCGGGCACGGGGUUCAGCACCAUAGCGGGCAAGAGAUGCAGGGGAUGAAGCACCAAAGCGGACACGGGGUUCAACACCAUAGCGGGCACGGGGUUCAGCACCAUAGCGGGCAAGAGAUGCAGGGGAUGAAGCACCAAAGCGGACACGGGGUUCAACACCAUAGCGGGCACGGGGUUCAGCACCAUAGCGGGCAAGAGAUGCAGGGGAUGAAGCACCAAAGCGGACACGGGGUUCAACACCAUAGCGGGCACGGGGUUCAGCACCAUAGCGGGCAAGAGAUGCAGGGGAUGAAGCACCAAAGCGGACACGGGGUUCAACACCAUAGCGGGCACGGGGUUCAGCACCAUAGCGGGCAAGAGAUGCAGGGGAUGAAGCACCACGAGAUGCAAGGGAUGAAGUACCAAAGCGGACACGGGGUACAAAACCAUAGUGACCACGAGAUGCAGGGGAUGAAGCACAAAAGCGGGCAUGGGGUUCAGCACCAUGAGAUGCAGGGAAUGAAGCACCAAAGCGGGCACGAAGUUCAACACAAUAGCAAACACGGGAUGCAACACCACGACAUGCAGGGGAUGAAGCACCAAAGCGGGCACGGGAUUCAACACCAUAGCGGGCACGGGGUUCAACAUCAUAGCGGACACGAGAUGCAGCAGCACGAGAUGCAGGGGAUGAAGCACCAAAUUGGACAUGGGGUUCAGAACCAUAGUGAGCACGGGAUACAACACCAUGAGAUGCAGGGGAUGAAGCACCAAAACGGGCACGGAGUUCAACACCAUAACGAGCAUGGGAUGCAGCACCAUGAGAUGCAGGGGAUGAAGCAUCAAAGCGGGCAUGGGGUUCAUCACCAAAGUGGACACGAGGUUCAACACCAUAGCGAGCAUGGGAUGCAGCACAAAGGCGGCCACGAGAUGCAGCACCAGGGCGGGCAUGAGAUGCAGCUGUACAGCGCACAUGGUAUGAAGCACCAAGGUGGGCUUGGGAUGCAACCGUACAACGGGCAAGGGAUGAAGCACCAUGACAUGCUUAUGGCUCCCCAGGUUCCACCACGUCAUGUGUACAUGAACCCAAACCAUGACAGUAGUGGAGGUCGUACAGUAGUGGUCGUUAACGCUACUGAGAAGUGGCGGCUCAGCAAUAACCGAAAAAUCGGGUGGGGGAGUAAGGGACUGUAGGACUCCACCUAAAUACUCUGCCUAUUCAUUUAACAAAGUAAUGAUUAUGUAUCCCAAGUAAUAAAUAUAUAAGAUGUAAUGUGUGUGAUGACUAUGUUUCAGUAUCGUACCAAAACCAACUAGGGGACUUUUAAUCCCCAAAAAAGUGUGUUUGUUUGAUAA